AUGGUGGGGGUACCACACAGUACCGGCUGUGCUCUGUGUCGCGAAAGACACAUCAAGUGCGACGAGGUGGUUCCUGAAUGUACCCAAUGUCAGCGGUAUGGCAAAACCUGCCCCGGAUACCGUCGCACAUUCCGGUUUCAAGAUGAAGGGCCUAGCCUGGAGAGGCGACAUCAGUCGACUGCGCGGAGGAAGUCCCGCCAGGUGUCGAGGGGAGCAUCGACCUCGACGACAGCCACUUCAGCACCAGCGCCCACGCAGGCCAAACCCGUCAAAAAAACCGAAAAUUCAGAUGUCGCCGGUGCAGCGGGUAUAGUUCGCGAGAAUGCGAUCGCGUUAAUGCGACGUCACUCCGCAGUAGCUCUGGACGAAAGCUUAUCGCCAUCACUAGUGCGCAAGUCGUACCAAGCGGCGCAACCACAAUUAUUCUUAGAUUUCAUCAGCGCAUCGUUUCCAACGCUAUAUUUCCACAAUCGCUUUCGCGCCGGUAGCGACCCCGGGUUUCCGGAAUUUAUCGUGAUGAACUUUGGCGCCGACGCUUAUCUCGACUCUGCUAUCUGCUGCCUAAGUUCUGUCUACUUGGCGCAUUUGACACAGGACCCCGCUCUUCUUCAAACAAGUCGCCGGUUGUAUGGACUGUCCUUGGGCGAGACCGUUCGCGCCUUGUCGAAACCUCAACAUGCCUUGUCGGAUAAUAUGCUUUGUACCGCGAUGAUGCUGAGUGUCUAUGAAAUGUACGCCCAGACCAGUCCCGACGCUUGGGUCGUGCACUCCGACGCCGUCAGGCGACUUAUGGUGAGUCGUGGGCCUUCAGCACAUAGAACUGGAUUUGGGCGAUCGUGUUGGAUUGCCUUUCGAGGAUUUCAUAUUGCCACGGCAGUUUACCAGGGCAAGCCCUGCUUUCUCGAUGGUAAGGAGUGGCAGAACUACUCCGAGUAUGUUAUGUCUGAAGAUUGUCAGAAACCAGGCGAGUGGUCCGCCUAUGCAGUCAUCUCCGAUAGGGUCUUUAUGGAAAUUGCGCGGUGUCCACGGUACAUCAGCGAAAGUCGCGAGCUUCUAUCCAGCGAAACGGAAAGUCAGGAGGUCCUUGAGGCACUCCUUCGACGAAUACAGGAUACUUCGAUUCGAUUGAAAGAGCUCACUGCCGAGUUAAGCGCUUCUAUCAACGCCCACAGUCAACGUCAACAAGGUAUCAUUCGACGGCCGGGGACCUUUGUUGGGCCUGUCCCUGAAAUCUUCCCCGAGACAGGUCCCUCGUUGCUUUUGCGUGGGUCGGAGAAUAUCCAAGCGACCUUGCGCCAAAUCUCUGCCCGCCUGCAAGAUGAAGCGCGAGUUCAAGUGGUAAAAGAACUCUCGCCAGAUUCGGCUGUUCAAUCGCCUCGCAGUGAUGAUAGCGGUGACUUGUCUCCUUCAAAUGCCAGUUCCAUGACCUUUAGACUACCUUUCCGGAUUUACUCCGAGAUUGGUCGUGGUCCAUCGCAGACUUCAGAUCAGAAUGAUCCUCGUGCUGUCAUCUGGCUAGAUCGCGUCGCUUCUUCCAUGGGAGUCCUGGGAACGAGAGUGAUUGCCGAUGACUCUGUUGUUCGUUUUGAUGAUGCAUCAUGUGAAGCUUCUGGUCCCCGCAACAUCCAAUGA